CCCCCCAGCUCACAACUUACACGCACACCCACCUCUGUCAGCAACACCACUGCACCAACCUUCCACCGUCCGACGAAAAGACAUAAUUAUGAACUUUGGAAAGAUGCCCGCGGGAAGGACUGCGUCCAGGCUGGCAAGGGUCGUCGGCAAGAGCGAGUCCAGCAUCCAGAGCAGCGUCCGGGCCGCCGGCUCGAUGAACGCUCUGCUGUCGACGAGGUCUGGCCUCACCGUCACUCAGGCGGCGACCAGGCUUGCCGCUGUGAAGCUCCCGGUUAGGCAGAUGUCUGGACAGGCCGACUACGCGGCCAACUACACCGCUGACCAGAAGGCCGUCGACGCCGCGACUAGGAACUGGAGGGACAACGUGACCGCCAACACCGAGGACGCGCCCAAGAAGACCGCCGCCAUCUACGCUGACGACGCGCUGUUCUGGGGAACGGUCUCGGAGGAGGUCCGCAACACGCCCGCGCACGUCUACGACUACUUUGACUUCUUUGCCCGCAUGCCCAAGCUCUCCAUGGUCGCGUACGACCCGGCGCCCCCGCGCAUCCACGGAGACUUCGCCAUCCACGCGGGCGCCUACACGUUCGCUUGGGCGGGAGCUGACGGGGCCAUGACCGAGACGCGGGCACGCUUCACUUUUGCCUACCGAAGGGAGAACGGCAAGUGGGUCAUGGUCGAGCACCACUCCUCCGCGAUGCCCAAGGCGCCCCCGGGGCUCAAGCCGGCCCAGCACUAAGAUGCCUCCGGAGAUGAAGACGCAGACAGACGCGUUCACGCCCAGCAAGCAAGCACCUGGUCGAUUGUGAAUGGCGAGCGGGCGGGCAGCAGACACCAGAACUACCUCGAAUCUCGUAGACUUGUUGAUUCGUGUCUGACGAUGUGCCUGUUUGGCGAUAGCUCGUCUAUAGAUGAAGAAGCAGGUCUAGGAGCGCCUGAACCUUUUUUGAUGCCGGUGUUCACAGGAGCAGAUGUAGCCCAGUGGGCGCGUGCGCCGAUGUGUUUGUGACGGAGGAGGGAGUUUUUGGGGGUAGAAAAGGGGUACGCAGCUGUUGGCAUUUUCCGAGCUAGUACUCAGGCGGUUGGUUCCCAAGGGAUCACCUACUGGCACUUGGGGUGAAGUUUUGUUGUAUUUUGUGGUGUACAACGGCGACAAAACGCCAUCGACUGGACGUUGUUGAGGCGGCGUGCCGCGCCAUGACUCGCCCCAAAAAUAGCGUGGGUAGGGUGUUUUGGGGGGAGAUUGCAUGUUGUUGUACAGGUUAUUGGCCGUGAAUUGGGCGUUCCUGGUUAAUUGUGGCUGAUUCGAGUUAAUCGUACAUCGUAUCAAGUACAAGCUGGUGUGUGUUAAGUACUUGCGGUACACAUUUAGCCUCGUUGAAUUCAUGUGCAUAGAAUGCAGGUGGAGUGUGUUGUGACGGUGUGUGACGAGAGGUAGCACCCGUGUGAUUUCUUGCUUCCUGACAAAAUUAAUUUUAGACUAUCCAUCUCCC